AUGGAGUCAGAAGGCGGAUUAAGGACUAGCAUUCAAUUGUACUUUUCGAGUCUUUUUCGACUGGCUAACAAAUUUUCAGCCAAACAAAAGUGGGCUUUAGGUCUUGUUAAUUUAGCAUCUGUGGUUAUCUUUUGGGUCGCGUCAAGCUUUUUAGUUAACAUACUAGCUAGUGGAGACUUGUAUAGGAAACCUUUUUUGAUUACCUACAUAAAUACAGGCUGUUUCUCGUUUUACUUUUUGGGGUAUCUUAGAAAUGAAAAUAUAAGCUUAAACCAGUUUAUCAAAAGCGUGAAAGAAGAUUAUAAAAGAGUUGAACUUCGUACGACGAAUGAUCAAGAAGCGAGGGUAGAGUACGGAUCAAAUGAUGACUUAGCAGGCUUCAAUGAUGGCUUUAGAAUCAUAGGAUCAAGGGACGAGCAGAUUGGACCAUUUGAGACCAUCAAGCUUUCGAUGCAAUUUACAACAUUAUGGUUUCUCGCUAAUCUAGUGACUAACGCGUCACUUGCAUACACAUCGGUAGCUUCACAGACAAUUCUUUCCUCCACGUCGUCGUUCUUCACCUUACUUAUUGGUUAUCUUUAUUCUGUGGAAAAAAUUAAUAAAAACAAAAUUUUUGGCAUUUUAUUGAGUUUUGCUGGAGUACUUCUCGUCACGGAUAUGGACUGGAGUACCCCAAGUGAUGGCUCCAGUGACCCUAAUUUCAUGGCACUCGUUGGUAACACUUUGGCAUUAUUGGGGGCCAUCAUCUAUGGAACAUAUACUAUUCUUUUGAAAUUGAAAACAAAAGGAAAAUAUUCGGUAAAAGAAAGAACUUUAAACACUCAUUUAUUCUUUGGCUUUGUGGGUAUUUACAGCUUGAUAUUUUUAUGGCCAUUCUUAAUUGUUUUGCAUGUAACAAAAUAUGAGACAUUUGAAUUACCUCCAAAUUCAAAAGUCUCUAUUAUCAUAAUUUCGAAUGCAGUUUUAACCUUCAUUAGUGACUUUUGCUGGUGUAAUGCCGUUUUGCUUACUAGUCCACUUACGGUUACAGUUGGUUUGUCUUUGACGAUCCCUCUAGCCAUGAUAGGUGACUGGGUAUUGCAGGGCUUUGCGAUCAAUUUGCUAUAUUUAUUCGGUGCAAUUAUUGUUACAAUCGGAUUUUUGAUUAUAAAUAGAGAUGAAAGGAGUGAUUUCACCACUGAAGCUAUUUAA